GUGUUCUUUCGUUGCCAACCAUUUCAGAGGCAGAAACCACUUCUACUGCUCGCAGUGGGUAUUUUCCCACCUAGAGCUAGACAAGGAUAGGCGUGUACUAUAGCUUCUAUUCGUCCAUUCUAAACCAUCUUGUAGUUUCUGUAAGGCAUCCGCUUUUUCCUGUGGUUCGGUCGGCAGCAAUGGCGGCGCAUCCAGUGCGCUUGCCGGCUACAGGCAUGUCGACGCCAGUUCAACUAGCGGCACUUCCGUCCUGGCGAGUCGCGAACGUUUCCUUCAACCGGGUCCCAAUACUUCGAGGUCGCAUUUUCACUCGUGGUGCGAUCGAGCCAGAUGCCGACGCCAAAAUGAGGAAAGCAGCGCUCGUUGUUUCCCCGACCCGCGCGCUUCCCCCGGUGAGCGACAAGUGGCGCGCGGCAUUCUCGAGGGCAACCCAGAAGCUGGUGGACGUAGAUUCGCGCGGGCGGCGGCAGGUUGUGGCGGCGGAGACGCAGAAGGAGCUGGCGGAAGAGCGCGCGCGCGGACGCUGGCAGGUCAUGUGGGAACGGACGCGCGAGUGGCUGGCCAAGGAGAAAGCGCGGGGGCGCGUGAAAGUGGCGCGCGCGCACGAGAAGGAGAAGGUGGAGGAGGAGAAGGCGCAGCGGCGGUGGGCGGUGGUGAAGGCGAAGGGCGAGCAACGGAUCGCGGCGGAACGGGUGCGCGGGAUGUACGACGUUGCGUGGGCCCGCGCGAACGAGCGGCUCACUCAGGUGAAGGAGCAGGGGCGCUGGCAGGUGGCGUGGGCCAACGCGCAGAAGAGACUCGCGCAGGCGGAAGACAAGUUCAAGGGGCGCAACCCUGUAGCUCAGGCGGAGGUGAACGCGCGCCUAGCGGAGGAGAAGGCGCGGGAGCGGUACCAGGUGGAGUCCGCGCGCGCGCGGGCUCGGAUGGCGGAGGAGCGCGCCAAGGGGCGCGUGAUGCUGGCGAGCGCGCGGGCGAACCGACAGCUGGUGAAGGAGAAGAUGCGCGGGCGGGUGAAGGUGGCGUGGGCCAAGGCGAAGGAGCGCAUCGAGCAGGAGCGGGCCAAAGGGCGGCUGAGCGUGGCGUGGGCCAAGGCGACGGAGGCGAUGGCGGGCGAGAAGGCGCGCGGCAGCUGGGACGUGCUGGUGGCGAAGACGAGGCAGCGGCUGGCGGAGGAACGGGAGAAGGGGCGGUUCGACGUGGCGUGGAGCCGGGCGAAGGGGUGGCUGGAGGCAGUGCAGGGGAGGGGCGGACAGAAGAGGAUCAGCGGCCCUACGGUGAAGUACAGCAAUGGCGCUAAGAUCAUCGACCUGUGAUGCCGUGCCACGUGAUGCGAUUGUGUAGAAUGCGAUUAGAGUGGGAUGCGAUUGAAUGGAAUGCCAUUGAGUGGGAUGCCAUUGAGUGGGAUGCCAUUGAGUGGGAUGGCAUUGAGUGGGAUGGCAUUGAGUGGGAUGCCAGUGAGUGGGAUGCCAUUGAGUGGGAUGCCAUUGAGUGGGAUGCCAUUGAGUGGGAUGCGAUUGAAUGGAAUGCCAUUGAGUGGGAUGCGAUUGAAUGGAAUGCCAUUGAGUGGGAUGCCAUUGAGUGGCUCUCCCUCGCUAUUUAUCUGCUCCGUAAUCUCCUUGGCGUUCAUUCUAUUGGACUCAAAGAGGUGGUUUUCCUAGGACGAGGGACUUCAAGCCUUCAGAGCUCUGCAUCCAGCAGCUGCCAGGUUGCUGGACGCCAGGCCGUGGCCCAAAUAAUUUCCCCAGAGUUGCUGCUAGUCAGCUAACUGUGCAUAGGCUGAGCCUCGUGCAUGAUCCUCUCUCUUGCCACUCUCCAUGGCCCCUGCCUCCACAUUCCUUAUUGGGCUUCCAAGAUCUCCACUGCCUGUGUGAUAGCUGGAGGAGUACCCCUAGUAGUGAUCUGGUAGCAGGACAUUUCUAGCAUAAUUCGGAGGGAGGUACUAGUCAGAUCGCAUGAUUUGGCCAAGGCGGCAAGCUACUAUUCAAAGACAAGUGUUGGUAAUGGUAAUGCAUGCUGGCGUCA